CUCCACCCAGAUACCUGCUAGUUGGUCUGAACCACUCUGACAAGCAGGGUUUCACUCAGGGUUUUUUUAUACUCGAGUAUAUUUGGAGAACUUCUAGGAGAGGGGUUCAUUGUGAACUAGAGUGGUGGAGCAUUAUCUUGAAAAUCACAGUUCUUCAGGUCUCUCCAUGAAACACACCUAGCUCCAAAGAUAGUUUCUGUCUUUGCAAAUUUAUCCUCAUCAAAUUACCCUGAUGGACCCUCAGGUGAGCAGCAGCCAGUCUGUCAUUACCUGCCCUGACAAAUCCCCUGCCAGCACAUUUAAACCAUCCCAUUCAAGGAAUAACAGCACUGGUUCGUCAAAGCACUCAAAACAGUCUCGUAACUGGGAGAUCAUGGAUGAUGUUCCUGGUUCUUCUCUGGAUCUCAGUAUUCCUGGAAUCUGUGAGGGAUACCUGAUGAAAAGAAGGAAGUACCCACUGAAGGGCUGGCACAAGAGGUACUUCCUGUUGGAGAGAGGCAUUCUCAAAUACUCAAAGACUCAACAGGAUGUUCAGAAAGGUAAACUCCAUGGUUCUCUUGACAUCAGCAUGGCUGUUAUGUCUGUGAACAAGAAGUCCAAACGAAUAGACCUUGAUGCUGGAGACAACCUUUAUCAUCUUAAGGCAAAGAGCAGUGACAUCUUCUACAUUUGGCUGACGAAGCUUGCCGCCCAUCGUCUUUAUAGAAAAAAUGAAGCAAUGAGUGUCCAUCGUGGUGUUCUUCAGGCUCUUUCCUUGAGCCAGAGUACACUACCAGUUGUGGCCACUUUGACCCAGCAAAACCAAUCAACUCCUCCUCAAGACACCAGCUCAACAUUUGUAGACCAUCCAGAGGUUACAAGCACCACUCCUCUUUCCUCUUAUUCAGGGGUAAACAACAAGGUGUCGGCUUGGCUGCAACAGACCCACAACAUUGAUGCAACUUCCAACGAAUUAGCUAGGAGUCAAGCAGAACUGACUGAACUGGUUCAACUCGUGCAGAGACUACACUGGCUUGAAGGAGGUAUCCCUAUUACAAAUACCGACCUUGAGAUGCGCAUCAGUAUGCAGAAUCUCUUCCUAGAAAAACCCAAGAAGAAGUCGGGGAAGGUGGGUCACUCAAGGACUUUAUCCCGUGUUGAAGCCAUGGGUGGAAUGUUUACAUCAAGCCAUCUCAGCACAAACAACAGUUCCAAUUUGGGUGCAUCUGUUCAGUCCAUACCUGACUAUGUUUACUCACAGCUGUCAAACCCUCAAGUAACUUCACCUGAAGCAAAAAAGCUCCACCAAGACAUUUGUACUCUUUCUCAGAGGGUCCAUAUGUCUCUGAAGUCCAUUCAUGAGGUUUUGACGUUGGAAAGAGAGCGACUGAGACAGGCUUGGACUAGUCCUGACCUGAGACAGAAUGCCUCACAGCAGCUGGCAACACUCUGCACCACACUGUCUGAGCUUGACAUGCAGUCCCAUCUGACCAAAGUCCAUUCGAUUUCCCUGUCUUCUGGCUCUACUGAAGAAUCCUUCUGCACUGUCUGUACAGAACAGCGGACAUCUCUGAAUCGUCACAGUCAUCGUGCUCCCUCAGUGGCAGACUCUAUUGCAGAAUAUUUUGAUGCCCAUGAAGUCAUUGUUUGUGAGACCUCAUCAGAUGCAGAGGCAUCAGAUGAGUCAGGCUUGAGUGACAUCACUACCACCAGCAACUCUGAGCCUGAAGAAGGUCACUCCACUGCCACACUGAACUACCGAGAAAGUCUGAACAGCGCAACUGACAAACCCAAUCUGGUGCCCUCUGAUACAGGGCGUCGCACCACACUCCCUUCCCCAGGAGCAGAGAACAGUCACAUUGGAAUUAUGACCAUCCUUUACAAUAACAUUGGCAAGGACCUGUCCAGAGUCUCAAUGCCAGUGGCUCUUAAUGAACCACUGUCCUUGCUUCAAAGACUUAGUGAAGAGCUAGAGUAUUCUGACCUGUUGGACAUUGCCAAUAAUACUGAUGACCCAUAUCAAAGAAUGGUGUAUGUGGCAGCAUUCUCCAUUUCUGGUUAUGCUUGGGCAUCAUGGAGAAAUCGCUACAAACCAUUCAACCCAGUUCUUGGAGAAACUUACGAGAAUCACAGAGAAGACAGGGGAUUCUAUUACAUCAGUGAGCAGGUUAGCCAUCAUCCACCCAUCUCAGCCUGUCAUGCAGAGUCAGAAAAUUUCACUUUCUGGCAAGAUCAGAGAUGGAAAUACAAGUUUUGGGGGAAGUCAGUGGAGAUAAUCUCCUCUGGACUGGUCAACGUAUCCCUUCCAAAGUAUGGGGAUCACUACCAAUGGAAUAAGGCAGUGACGUGCAUCCACAAUGUGCUAAGCCAACAACGCUGGUUGGAGCAUUAUGGCGAAGUGGUCAUAAGAAAUACAAAGAGUGAUGUCUGUACCUGCAAGAUGACCUUUGUUAAGUCUCGGUAUUGGAGCUCAGAGAGCAGUAAAAACGAGAUACAAGGUGUUGUUUUGGACCAAGCUGGAGAGGUGGUUCAUCGCUUUGGAGGCUUCUGGCAUGAAGGUGUCUUCUGUGACACGUUAGCCACACCAACUUGCAUCUGGAAGCCCAAUGUACAGCCUGAUGACCACUUCCAGUUCUAUGGCUUUUCACAUUAUGCCAGAGAGCUAAAUGAAUUAAGUGCAGACUUGAAAGCUGUCCUCCCCCCUACAGACACACGCUUCAGGCCAGACCAAAGGCUCCUGGAGGAGGGGAAAGUGGCAGAGGCAGACAAAAAGAAGGAUGAGGUGGAGGAAAAGCAAAGGGAGAGGAGAAAGGAAAUGGACAAAAGAGGAGAGGAACAUGUCCCUAGGUUCUUCAGAAAAGUACUUGAUGAGGCUGGCAGAGAAGUGUGGACAUAUAAUGGAACCUACUGGAAGAUUCGUCAAGCUCCAGGCUUUUCAAAGACUGAAAAUCUGGCCUUGUGGUAGAAUAUUAAAACUGGCCAAGUUUCCAUAGAGAUAUAAAUAAAUCCAUUUAGUUACAUCAUGAAGAAAAAGUGGUAUUCUUUACUCUCUGCAGACAAAUGUUUGUAUUAAAUCAGUACUGCAGUCAUUUGGACAUACUAAAGGCUGAGUGUGUGUUUCUUCCAUUACCUUUAGCAUUAAUAUAGCAUGAUUGUAAACAAAAACAUGAAUAAACCUUAACUGAGUAUGUAUCUUUGAGGUUAGAUGCAACAAUGAAACCAUUAAACUAAAUUAGUUUCUUUUGUUUAAACUGUUAGUAAAUUACUUUUUAAAAAGAUUUGCCUUAUCUUAAAAUCAUAAAGAAAACGUAUCUUGAGCUUUAACAUGUCUAGGGCAGGGGUAGUUAUACUUAAGGGGAAUGUUAUGCCCAGUCUUUUUCCUCAGUGUGUCAUAGAAAACACAUACAAGGCUGACAUGCAUUAUAUUUUUUCAUUUCAUCGUGACAUCGGGAUCUCUUGGGUGUUUCGGGUAUACUGUACAUGUUAUAUAAACCAGCAUUAUUGUAUUUCGUUUGCUUGAAUGAACUGACAGACUAUGUACCACAGAUUCGCUCAGUUUUUACCAAAAUAAAAAAAUUUCAAACAAAA